AUGCGUUUUCUACUGCUGACGGCCAGCCUGCUGGCCGCCGCCGGCGCCGUGCCCGCCUGGCAGUGCGCGUACUACGGUGAACAGUACUGCAAGGCCCUCCUCGAGGCCAGCGGCUACUAUGAGCAGCUAGGCACGGGCAGCCCCGAAGCUGCACUGUCGGACAUUUUUGGCGCAGCUGCGGCGGCCUCUCCGAGCGCCGAUCCGGCGGCGGAGCCGUCCGCCGCGCCGGAGCCGCCCCAGGAGCCGGUGGGCGCGCCUCUGGCCGCUAUCGUGGCCGCUCAGCAGUUCGGUCAGCAGCCGGCGGCCGGCGCUGCCAAUCCGUUCGCACCGGCUCCGACCGCCGCCCCGACGACGACCACCGCGGCGCCGACCACCACCGACUCGCCUGAGGUGGCAGCCGCCAAGGCCCGCUUCAAGGCCGCCUUCGACGAGGCCGUGCAGGCAGCUGCAGCCGCCGCCAAGAGCUCUGACACCCCCAGUCUGCAGGAUCCGUAUCUGCUGCAGCAGUUCCAGCUGUUCUUGCAGUGGCAGCAGGAGCAGCAGCAGCAGCAGCAGCAGCAGGCGGAGCCCUCGGAUGCCCGGACCAUCAUAGGCGCCGAGGAGCUGGCCGCCCUGGAGCCGGUGGCCGCCAGCGUGCCCGUGGCCUCGGUUGUGCCGGUCGACUCUCCGCGCAAGACGCUGCCGCCGCCGCCGCCGCCGCCAACGCCAGCACCGACACCGGCACCAACGCCGGCACCGACUCCUGCUCCGACUCCGGCCCCCGAGCCGUCGACAGAGGCCGAGCCGUCGCUGGCCGUACCCCCCAGCUUCCCCGGCGGCUACUAUCCGCACCACCUGGGCCUGCAGUACCAUCCGGCCGCGCUGGCCUACUACGCCUCCCUCAGCCAACAGAUCUAG